AUGAGUUUACCGACCCAAUCGCUGCAAUGGGUUCUUCAUGAGAAACCACACGGAGAACCCGCCCUGGGCGGCGAUAACCCCACAUUCGCCUUGAACAAGGCCAAGAUCCCUGCGCUGAAGGACGGACAGAUUUUGCUGAAGACGCUGUAUCUCAGCAAUGACCCCGCUCAGCGAUCGUGGAUCUCGCCUCUCGCCCAGGCAGAGCGCCUGUACCUGCCUCCCGUGCAGGUGGGCCAGCCUAUGGCGUCCAUGGGGAUUGCGGAAGUCGUGGACUCGCGCAGCCCGGACGUCAAGACUGGUAGCUUGGUCACUGGUAUGCCGAAUUGGACGGAGUACUCGAUCGACGAAGCCAAGAAUGUCGAUGUCAUUGAGCCCCAGGCCGGUCUGCCCGUUACCCACUUCCUGGGCGCUCUGGGUCUACCUGGUUUCACGGCGUACUAUGCUCUCACUCAGAUCGUUAAGGCGACUGCUAAAGACGCUAUUGUUGUUAGCGGGGCGGCUGGCGCAGUAGGGAAUAUGGUGGUUCAGAUUGCUAAGAAGAUGAUCGGAUGUCGAAAGGUGAUUGGUAUUGCUGGCACAGAUGACAAGUGCAGGUGGGUGGAGAAGCUGGGAGCGGAUGUCUGCUUGAACUACAAGUCGUCUUCGUUUAAGCAAGAGCUCACUCAGGAGACUGAGGGCUUCGUGGAGGUCUACUUUGCUCACUCUUUCUCUUGUGGCACCAUUUCCAACUACAACCGUGAUGACGACAUCAUCGGUCUGAAAAACUUCUACGAAGUUAUUACCAUGCGUCUACAGAUCCUGGGAUUUAUUAACAUCGAUUGGAUUGACCACUUGUCUGAGGUGCGGGCCAUCCUGGUCGACGAGUGGAAGAAAGGGAACAUUAUCAUUGGCGACGAGAGUGAAAUGGUUAUCGAUACAGACUUUGCUGAUAUUCCUCGUACCUGGAUGUUGUUAUAUUCUGGUGGUAACACAGGAAAGCUUGUUACGAAGGUGAAGCAUUAG